UAAUUAAUUAAUGUUUUCAGUUAAUUAUAUUCUACCUUAGCCAUCUCUUUGCUACGUACACACAAACACACAUAUGGGCAAGGGACGAGCACCGUGUUGUGAUAAGAACAAGGUGAGGACUGGGCCAUGGAGCCCAGCUGAAGAUUUCAGACUUGUUACCUUCAUUAAAACUCACGGCCACCCCAAUUGGCGUGCCCUCCCUAAACAAGCAGGACUACUUCGAUGCGGAAAGAGCUGUCGUUUGCGGUGGGUUAAUUACCUAAGUCCUGACAUCAAACGAGGAAAUUUCACACCCGAGGAAGAGCAAACCAUAAUUCAACUGCAUAGCUCUUUUGGAAACAAGUGGUCCAAGAUUGCAGCGUGUUUGCCUGGAAGAACCGAUAACGAGAUAAAAAACGUUUGGAACACACAUUUGAAGAAAAGGCUAAAAAUGUCCAAAAUAAGCCCUUAUAAAAUGGGUGCUUAUCCUUCAUCCAGCACAUCAAGCAGUUCCAUAGCAAAUGAUGAUGAAAACUUGGAAAAUUUUCUUAAUUAUCAAUGGAUUGACGAAGAAGAAAUUAAUCACUUGCUCGAAAUCCAAACUAACGAAAAAACCGAGCUAGAAAUACGCACGGACAUUAAUAAUUCUACACUCUCGGAAUUAACUCCGGUUUCUAAUUAUAACGAGCCUCAACGCGAAGUUGAUGAUUUCGAUAGUGGCAAAAUUGUAAAUUCAUCGGAUUUCGAUGUUGCUUUCUGGGAAUCUUUUGACACCAUCAUGAGUGAUCAAGAAAACGUUGUUGAAAGCGAACUCGAAAAGUGGUUGAGAAUGUUGGAAGAUGAAGUUGGACUAGCAAGUGGUGGCGAUCACAAUUUGCCAAAAGACAAAGACCCAAUAAAUAAUAAUUAA